AAUCAUAUAGGCCUAGAGACCAGUCAGUGAGCCUCUGAGAACCACUCAUCGCUGGGAAAAAACAUGUUAGCUGAAGCGCAGAGGGACAACUUUUGCUUUGAAGGCAAAUGUUCUGUGUUUCAAGUGUGUAUUGCACUUUUUCUACCACUUGGCGAGAUCAUAGCUAGCUUACUUGGCUAUUUGCAGACAAGUUUGCGUCUUCUACGCACUCUACGGGCGACUACAGGAAUUUACUAGUGACCAAAGCAAUCAUAAGGAGUUUUUUUUUGUCACAGCAUCUUUUUUGUGACCAAUUGCAUCUAGAAACCUCCAGAAACCACUGAACGACCACAUUUUUGUGGGGAAUAGACAUUUUCAAUGUCUCACAUUCAAUGUUUUUUCUCUGUAUGUAUUAUUGUAGGGUCUACCUUAAAAUAUAAAGUGCCUUGAGGGGACUGUUGUUGUGAUUUGGCGCUAUAUAAAUAACAUUGAAUUGAACUGAAUGUGGCAGACGACUUUUGAGGAAUUAGGAAGAUGUCUUUUAGCAUUGAGAUCAUCUUUACUGUUUGUGCCACUGCUGGAGAGUCAUAUGACCACAAAACGACUCCAACUCAAAAGACUAACAAGACGUCGAAAGAAGCAAACCUGCAGGAGCUCGCAGUUGCUCCUUCGACUGAAGAAACACUUGAUAACUGGGUUAAGGUGUCUGCUUGCAUGCGUGUGGGUGCGUGUGUGAUUUAGCAACUGUAGCAAUACAAUUACUGCAGAAAAUUUAGCGCUUAUUAUCAGGUCUGUGCCAGGUUAAGCAUUCCUGUGGCUUUGGCGCAUACUUCCCCUUAAUUUAGCAUGUUGGAGAUUCUUGAGAAAAAAACAACUUGGUUCUCUCUGCAUGAAAGUUUGUUUGAACUCCUCAGUGACCUCUUAAAUAAAAAUGUCUCAUGGGAAGAUUUAAAGGAGUAUAGAUGUGUAUGUGCGUGUGUGCGAGAGUAAAAUGGAGACAGACAGACAAAGACCUCAUUAGGUCUAGGAGGUGUCCUGUCUAGACAGUGUGAUGACAGGACACAGAACUUCUGUUUAAUGUUUCCUCCUCCCUCUGCUUCCAAUUCACCCAGCAUGCACACAUAUCACCUGCGCUGCCUCGGGGAAUGCGCACACACACCCUCACACACACACAACAUGUCAAGGGAUAUCUUUUCAUAUUAUUUUAAAGUAAAUGUGUGCAUGUGCGGCUUGUUAUGCUGGUUGCUAUGAAAGCUCUGCGAAAGACAAGAAGAGCUAUGAAUUGUUUUUGGGGAGCAGGGUAGUGUUUGUUUAUUGAGACACAUGCCUAAAAUUAAUGGUCCAUAAAGACUUUAAAUCAUGGACUUCAUGGUGUUGCCAUCGGCUGAUUCAUAAAUGAACCCUUUCCUUUCAUGCUUUUAUCCUGACUCGUUCCCUGUUUCUCUGUUUAGCACUCAAGCCAAAAAAGCAUCUUUUAAAAAAAAAAAACUGGAAGGGAAAAAAGUCCCCAUUCACAAAAUCGUUCCCAGUGAAAGGGUUACUUUUAUGUGUCUGUGUGCUCAAACUUGGCUUAACCCACAGCCUGUGUUAUAAAUCAGGACUUAGCUCCAGCUCAAAUAAAUGGGAUCUUGGAUUCCAAGAAAAACUGAAAAAAGCUGAUAAAUGACGUCCGCGGGACAGCUGGUUCUCCGUCAGCGCAGCAUCUUUAGCCCUGCUUCUGUUAUUUCAGAGAUGGAUCAGUUUGCGUUUCAAAACACAUAAUUUUAUGUGUGACAAGUCUUUCUGGAUUAUUUUCAUGUUGAUUAGGCGGGAUAAAUGUUUUCAACUAUUUCCAAUCAGGAGAACUGUGUAGAGUGAAUAUAGCGAAUAGACAAUGACAUUUGAAAAACACGCCCUUCCCCAAUGUUAGGUUUUCUUUCAGCUGUAUGGGAUUGAUGGUGUGGUAUUUAGUCUGGAAGCUCCCCAGCAGUAGAUGUGUGAGUGUAUGUGUCUGUUUGUGUGGUGGUAUGUGUAGCUUUGAUGCUGGAUCUCACUCUUCACGUACAGAUUAGAUAAGCUCUGGCAGCAGCAGUAGCAGAGACUCAGAACGAUAUGGACACCUUUGGACCUUAUCACCCGGUCCAUCACAGACUGAAGGGACCAGGAAGACAUAACACAGGUUAGGUGGAAUGGAGAGAGGGCAGCAAAAGACAGAAGAGGAAUUUUAGAGAAUUCCUUUUCCGUUUCUGGAGCACGUUUAGCCGAGUUCUGUUAGGCCGGUUCUGAAAUACCACAGCAACAUAUUAUUUAGUACACUAAAAUAGCAUGUGAGAUUUUUUAUUUUUUAGUACAUCCAAAUGCAUGAGGUCCAUGCUAUUUUCAAUGGAAUAUUAGAGACUAUAAAAGCACUAAAUACUACAGCAGCACAUUGCAGUGAAUUUGUGACACAUAUAGGAGACAUAGGUGGCUAAGGUAUAAUGUUAAGCACUAUAUUUUAUAGGGUUUAAAUGUAUGACUUUAAUUCGCAAAGUAUUAAAAUUGCUUUAUCGAGUCAUCUGAAGUGAGGAAGUGAAAUAAUGUGCUAGAAAAGAAGCAUACCUACUAUUAUUUACAAAAAACUUAAAUAAUAGAGAACAGGUGAGUGUAUUUGUGUAUGGUAUGGCACUUAAAAAUACUUUUAGGUAAUUAGUGACCAAUAUCGUUCAAAUCACAACAAAUACUCUGUCUUUGAACACUUUUGAUUUGAAUUUUGACUUGAAUUUCAGGGGAAUUAAAUCGCAAAGGUUCACCUCUAAGAACAAACUCUUAGCUGUGACCGUGGGCAGCUGUUGUUUCAUCAUCAUUUCAUUCACAAAAGAGCCUACAGAGCUGAGUGAGAGAUAUCAUUAAGUUACUGUCCUAUGAGGAGCAGGGAGCUGACCAUGCAUGUGAAGUAAAUACAGAACUGGAGCAUGUUUGAAUGCCUGUGAAUGUGAGAUAAAAAGCCCUUUGAAAGAAAGAGCAUAGAUUGGGAAUGGAUGGGUGAAUGAGGUAAGUGAGCGAGGAGAAGAGUGCUCAGAGUAGAAAUAAGAACCAGUCCAUUUAGAUCCAGCUGCGGGGAAGUGUGUGGGUUUGCACAGCCAGUGUUAAAUAUUCAGAUGUUCGUUAAAUCUGUGUUUAUUCAUGCAAAUAUUUCUGAACCCUUUAACUCUGGACUCUGUGCUGUUUAAAAAUCCCGUGUCUGCCACGCAGAUACUUCUAUUUUCCUGUAAACCCACUCGAAGCUGAGACUGGGAACUAAAUAUUUACUUUAUUGUUUUAGUUUGAAAUGAAUGUACGACCGCAGACUGUACAAAGAAGCAAAAGAAAAAAAGUUAAUUCUUACUUCAGGACUUUGUUUUCCAAGGGUCAUCUCGGCCAAAUUACCCAUUGCGCAAUUUGUUCGCGUUAUUUCCAGCGGCGGUAACAGGAAGGUGCGGGCUCUUCUCGCUUGUAGCUGCUGUGAGCGCUUUACUUGCUGUUUCAGACUCCAUCGUCAGGGGUCGUGCCUCAACAGGACAACGUGUAAAUGUGUGACCCCUGCUUUAGCACAUUUACUGAUUCAAGCUCCCGCAUCGCAACUCUUCAAACCUCGUUAAAAACAGAUCAUUUUAGAGUAUGGUGUGCUCCGAUCAGAAGUGUGAGAUCGACCCCAGCAGUCUUAUUUAUUAGUUACACGUAGAAGUAUGACGCAGAAGCAGAGUUUCCCUCAAGUCCUGACACGGAAAGUGUAAAAUAACGAGCGCAUCUCGUGCUUCACAAACCUGACAGCUUUAUUAAAACAAACAGGCUGUAAAUAAAAUCUGGAAAUACGAUGUUAGGUCGUGUUUGCAGCCUAAAAAGAGCUCCACCUCUGGCUGAGAGCGCACAGAGUGGGCGGUUAAAGCACCGAACACGUCCGUGCGCACGCAUAUUAUGGACUGCAACCUGCUGAUUCCUGUUAGACUCUGACACUCCGCCUGUGGGAGUAGGUGACUGUCGCUGAGAGCGCUUCGAACAGUUUAAGGACCCAGUGCGCAGCUUUGGAAAAGCCAUAAAUCCAGGCGAGUAGAUAUAUCCGCUGUAAGUAACAUGGCUUCUGUCAGAGGAGUUGUUCUUCUUCUGGUAAAUGUGACAUCAGACGGUGUCUGUUGACCGACUUACUGGAGCGCUCAGAAUUAAGUUUCACAUGGUGCACUUUAUCCUGAAGGAGCCAAGCGCGCUACGGCGAUCAGAAAUGAAAGCUGGGCCGAUACUAUUAUGCGCAUUUUGCUUUGGCGAGUCUUUUAAAUGGCUUGAUACACGAUUCUUUCUUUGCUUUUGAUCUUUGGUUGCCACAGAUCACAACGCGCUCGGACGGACUUUGGUUACCAUUACGCGCAUUUUUACUUUCGGAUAGGCGACUGAAGCUCCAAGCCAGCCACUCUUGGGACUCCGGAGAGCCACUGCGGGACAACACCAUGACCAUCCGCUGGCUUGCCUUGGUCGGAUUGUGGUGGAGCGCUUAUUACUGCAUGUUCACAGUCGCGGGGAGUAAUUAUUCACUGGAUGGGAAUAACGAGGUUCAAGCAGGUUUCACCCACCGGCGGCUGAGGACGCAUGAGAAGAGGGAGAUGCAGAAGGAGAUCCUGUCCAUCCUGGGGCUGCCCCACAGACCGAGACCACAUUUGUCAAACGGAAAGUACAACUCCGCUCCGCUUUUCAUGCUGGACUUAUACAACACUAUAUCCAGCGAGGAGAAGAGGCAAGUGGAAAGCAGGUUGGAGCGAUAUCAGGCCAUGCGGACGACCCAGAGCCCUCCCCUGGCCACAUAUCAAGAAACUGCCUUUCUAAAUGAUGCGGACAUGGUGAUGAGCUUCGUUAAUUUAGUGGAGUACGACAGGGAGCUCUCACCGCACAGGCGUCACCACAAGGAGUUCAAGUUCAACCUCUCGCAGAUCCCAGAGGGCGAGGCCAUCACCGCCGCCGAGUUUCGCCUCUACAAGGAGUGCGUGAGUCGUGCUUUCCGCAACGACACCUUCCUGCUGAAAGUCUACCAGGUGGUCAAGGAGCACCCUGACAGAGAGGCAGAUCUGUUCCUGCUGGAGUCUCGCAGGCUGUGGGCAGCUGAGGAGGGCUGGCUGGAGUUUGACAUCACUGCCACUAGUAACCUGUGGGUGAUGAGUCCCGCACACAACCUGGGUCUGCAGAUCAGUGUGGAGACCAGCAGCGGACAGAGCGUCAGCUCCAAGGAGGCGGGGCUCGUAGGACGCGACGGUGCACUGGAUAAGCAGCCUUUCAUGGUGGCCUUCUUUAAAGUCAGUGAAGUGCACAUCCGCACCGUCCGCUCCGCUAGUGGGAGACGGCGCCAGCCGCACCGCAAUCGAUCCGCACAACCGCCAGAGGGAUCUAGAGGGCCGGGCCCAGCAGACUACAACAGCAGCGAUCAGAAGACAGCAUGCAGAAGACACGAGCUGUACGUCAGCUUCAGAGAGCUGGGCUGGCAGGACUGGAUUAUUGCUCCUGACGGCUACGCAGCCAACUACUGUGAUGGAGAAUGCUCCUUCCCCCUUAAUGCCCACAUGAAUGCCACCAACCACGCCAUUGUGCAGACGCUGGUGCACCUGAUGAACCCCGAGAACGUACCCAAGCCGUGCUGCGCCCCCACGAAGCUGCACGCCAUUUCAGUGCUCUAUUUCGACGACAACUCCAACGUCAUACUGAAGAAAUACAAGAACAUGGUGGUGCGGGCCUGCGGCUGCCACUGACAGUCAGAUGAAGACUGGUAGUGCUUCAGUCAAAGUUGGGUGUACGUUGACCUCAGGUAGACACCGGAUUCCCGCCCAAAUCUUCAACAUGCAAAGGAACGUCCAGCCUGAAAGAUCAUUCCCAUGUUCCAUUUCCAUAAUUGUUAAACCUGCUAACAUAUCAAGUAGCAAGUUUUCCCCACCACAUGUGGAUCAUCCAUAGGCAACUUCACCUUGUUCCAGUCUUGAGCCACCAAGUUGUCUACCACCCUUCCUGUUAGCUGUGGACGGGGGUCUUCUCUUCAUGGGUCUGCAACUGAGUGAAUGACUGUGUGUGUAUGUGUGGGGGGAGGCAUUUAAGCAUUUAAGUUUGUAUAUUAUGUGUUUACUGAAGUGUGUGUAUGAAUGCCUGAGAGGCUACUGCACCUUCUCCCUCCCUGAGAGGGUGAAACUGAACUGUCGUGGGACCAGUCAGAGUGCUGCUUUCUUUCCCGUCUUCUCUCCCAACAUAGAAAAAAAGAGCAAGGUGCAUCAGUUCUCGCAGGAGGCUCAGAUAAUGAACAGCUUCCCUACAGCACAUGACACUGCAGGGCUAACACCCCCGUCAUAUUUCCAAGUGGUGUGAAUCAGCCCGACUUUCUUUUUUCUGUGCAAAAUGUUGUUAACCAAAACCAUCUAAUACAAACUGAAUGAUACUUUGGAGUCAGCACACUCAUAUUUCCUUCCUCCCCUCUGCUGUUUUUUUUCUCGAGCCAUAUUUGCCUUCCCAAAAAUAUAAUAUGGACUGAACCAAAGUCACCGCAGGCUAUUUUAGCAGUGGACCGCUCCAAAUAUCCCCCCCGACACCACCACCUCCUCUCCUCCAUGUCAAUAUUUGCCAGGCUGGGGCUGAGCUGCGAUUCACCAGGCUGGUUCAACAUGAUGCAUGUUGUGGCUAAACUGAUGUUUUUCUCCAAAGAACCGAAGAAUACAGCCUUAUCCCUCGGACAUACCACAAAUGGCCAUUUCCAUGUCGCUGCUCUCACAAAGUUAACAAACGCUUCCACUCCUGACAGCCCAUCAUGAAAUAGUAGAAAAAAAAACAUCCCGCAGAACAGUUUGUGUCAGCGUUCUGAAAUUAGCCGGUUGCUUUUUCAACCCCGAGGGUGAAACUGUGUUUGGAUAUGGACAGGUGACAAAUUAAUGGAAAAACCUGUAUGCUCAAACCCUGCACAGUGGGGGCAUCUCGUACUAUUCUUUUAAAGCAUUCAUUGGCGGGAUCAGUUUGUUCUGUGUUAAAUCUUGAAGGGAAUGGUCGCUUCUAGGAUAACAGCUUUGCCCUUUUCAUAGAGCCUGUGGCCCUCAAGUCACCAGAUCUCAACCCAGUUUGGUAGAUUUUCGACCAAUCAAUCACCUCUUUAAGUUUUAGAGAGCUGAAGAAUUAAAAAUAAACGUGCAUUCGAGCAGUUUUGCUGAAAAGCAGUGCCUGGUUUUUCCUUUAAUUUGUCACCUGUCACGUGGCAACGUCUUCCCAACGGAGUAUGUAACUGUGAGCUUUAAAUGACAUGAGUACUUUUAGAGCAUAUUUUAAUGAAAAACUAAUACCAGUAAGAAUCAGAAUACCUUACGUGCCUAACCAAUCAUACAUUACAAAAUAUACCUCUGGUAAGCUGCUGUUUACAUUUGUGAUCAUGUUUAGUUUUUUUUGUAAAUACUUGUACAUUCUCAGCUUAUUUAUUGCACCUUUUAUUAAAAAGAAAAAAAUCACAUACGUUAUUAACAGAGAUGCAAGAGCAAAAUGAAAAUGCAAAGUUAUUUUUGAGAAAAAUUUAUUACCAAAUCUCAUGUUACAUUUUGCCAUUAUUCACUCUUUUGUACAAAAUCUGUGGGUUGUGCACAAACUAUAACCCAUGAAAAGGAAAAAAACAACAAAAAAAACAUGACUUUGUCACUGGAGUUGCUUAGACCAUGUGCUAUCCAUAAAAACUUUUACUGAGAAAAAACUGCUGUGUCUCAGACUGUUUGAGUACCUGGGUUUAACAAUAAAUGGUGCCUUGCAUUCACACAACACAUGCUUUCCACGUAACCUGGGUCAAAGAGCAUUUGCCUAACAGGUGGGUGCAGUUUACACGGCGGUUAAUUGCAGAAAGAUGCACUGAAACACUGCAAGUGCUUUUUCACUAAGGCUUCACCUUCGAAUCCCCCCGAAAAUUAUUUGUGUUGAAUUUUAAUGCUGCCAGUUCCUGCCCACUUCAAUGAUUAACUGUAAUCAGAACCUCAUCGUCUAUUUUACUCAGGCCGAUGGCUCUGGUGUCCAAAGGUCUAAAUCAUCCCGAUACAAUGUUUUCAACUUAGGCUGUCGCUUCAGUAAGAAUAGAUGGAAAUCACGGUGAGAACGUGGAUACGAUGGGAGUUGAGCUCACCCUGAGCAGCAGUUCGACCUUUCAGUGCAGACGAUGAGCGACCCUUCUGUGUCCAAAUCCUUCUAACAUAGGAAGGAUAAACCUGGCCUGAAGAAUACAAACAUUCACGUUUUUACAUCGACACCUAAUAAUGUUAGGGGAGACUUCACGUCAACGAUGGCUUGUCCAAACAGAAGCAAUAACACAAAAGAUCAGUAACAGAGCGAUGGGGCAGCAUGGUCCAGGCCUAACACUCUCAAUGCUAGAAGUAGAAAGGGAUGGUCGAUCACUGAGACUAAAACAAUCAGUCAGGAUCUGGUAAUCUUGAUUAACAGGAAAAAAAAAAAAAAAGUUGUCAGAUUCAGUAAAAUCACAGACUUCGCCAUCAGUCUGUGUGGUUUCUUCCCUGAGAGUUAAGUCAGACAGGCCAUCACUGGCAUGACUAUGAAGCACCCUCAACUUAACACUCUGCUUCACAUUGGAGAGUCACAAACUUUUACAGCCUCGUGAGUGACAGUAAUA